AUGUCCGAUCCGUUAGAACCUACCAUGGACAAUAAAUUAAACGAUUUGAACAAGAAAAUCGUGGAAAUCAAGAAAAAGAUCCAAUUAUCAGAGGGACAAAGGAAAGCGAAUUUCGAAGAAUACGAAGCUAAGAAGCAUGAAUAUGCGGAGAAAAUUACGACUCUCAAGCAAAGCAUCAAAGAACUGUACGUGGAGUACGCAAACACGCAGAACAAUGAGGGAAAAUCGAGAGUUCGCACGGGGAGCGAGUCUUCUGCCUAUGGGAAAAAACGCAAUUUAGAUGAGACAAUCGCCAGGGUGCAGGAGGACAAUGUACGGUUAAGAAAGAGGCACGAUCUAAUUAAGUAUCAGCGCAACGAGCGGCAACAGAGAUUGCGCUCGUUGUUGGACGAGUACAGCCGAUUGAUGAGCAAUAAGAUGCGCAAGAUAUUUAAGAAGAAGAUAGAGAAUCCGUUGAGAAACAAGAUCGUCAAGUUGGAAGUACGUUUGGAGCAUGUGAGGAUGAUGCAAAUAAAGGCGAAUAUAACGCGUAUGAGAUACACGUCUGUGUGCUCCGAUUUAAAGAGAAAAUCCGUGUUCUAUGCGUCUAUUUUGAAAAAUUUGGAGGACGAAAUAAAGGAACGGGAGAGCGAGACGAAACGUCUUCAGGGGGUGAGAGAGGAAGCUAUUGCUUUGAAAGAUAAUAUGCAGGGAAUGUUGAUAAAGGAAGAGAUCGAAAUUACGAAUUGCAGCAAAGAGAGACACGCCGUUCUCGAGGAAUACAGGGAGCGAGUGUUAGAACGAAAGAAGGAACUCGAGCGUUUGGAAAAGAUGAUAUUCCAUUCGCGUCCGCGGGACGAUUUCGACUCGCGUGGGAAAAGCCACGGAGGAACGGAGGACGCGAGCAAGGACGAAGUGACACGGUUGGAAGAGACGUUCGCCAAACUUCGCUGCGCGACCGGAGCGUCGAGAACCGAGGACGUUCUGAACCGGUUUCUGGGUCAGCGGGCGACCAAGGAUAAUCUGCGGAAGAUGCGGGUGGCCACGGAGGAAGAGAAAACGAAGUUGGAAAAGCAAAGGCAACGGCUCGUGGACGAGAUGGAAACGAGAAAAUUCUCCGAGACGAGGAACGCGGAACAAAACGCGGAAGAGAUGGAAAAACUGAAUUGUCAGAUAGGCGAGCAACGAUCGCGCCAAUUAAAGGCAGAUACCGAGAAACGAAGAGUGGAGGAUCUGCUGCAAGAAAUAACUGUGACGUUAUGGAAUGCGUGCAACAAAUUUCGAGAUAUAUUCGAUACGUUGCCCGAAGAAUCAAAGAAAAUUCAAAAUCCUCUGCAACUUAUAGAUUUAAUAAAUGAAAAAGCAACGAGUAUUAUUGAAUCUCUAGGAGGACCGGAUAAGUAUUUGGAAAUAUUGGAUGAAAUAUCAGUUGAUAAGUUGGAAACAAUAUCGAUUACAACUACUACUUCGGUAGAAGGAAAAGCAACACGUACAAAUGAAGGACCACUUUUUCCACGAUUUCCAUCAUCAGCAACUCCGGCGACAUUGCUUUCCGAAGAUGAAGAAGAUAUACCAACUAGAAAUAAUCUUAAAAAACAGGCACAACAAUUGGUUGAUAUUAAAAGUCGUCGAAAAGGAUUUACAUUUAAAAGAUGA